AUGGAUAAAAAUAAUUCUUCUAAGGCUUUUGAGAACGAGGACGGGAGGAAAUUAGUUGAAAAUGGCUUGCGUGGAAGAGAAAAUUGGGUAGAGUCGUGGGGAACUGAUUCGUUGGGUUCGAGCCUUGGGUUCUGUCAGGAGCACGAGAAUAUUUCCAUGCAAAAUCUGUUGUUGUAUAAAUAUCAGCAAGAGAAACAACUGAUAGAAGAGUUCGGGACUUUAAACGAUUUGUAUCUCGAUGUUGUUUCUCCUCCUUUUCAAUUUAGCAAGGAGGAUAUUAAUCAGCUAGUUGGUAUCACGUCUGAAACUUCCGAGCUUAAUGAACCCAAGAAAGAAAGUUCUUGUGUUUUUCCUUCUGAAUCCCUUGGGAUUUCACGGAACUAUGAAAGCGAGCUCAGAAGAUUGAAUGAACAAAGUCAUGAAACAAAUUACAGUAAGAUCAAUUUUGGGAUAUCAUCAGUUGAUUCGAUUAUCAAGUUGGCCGCAGAGAAGUUUCUUCAAUCUAGUUCCUCUAGCAUUGAUGAGUUCUCUGUUCUUAGCCAUCCGUAUGCCAGUUCAUUUCUAGGCCUCGGCAAAGAGGAUAUUGAUAAAGAUGUUCAACUUGUUCAAGAUCUUCUACUCUGUGCUGAAAGGGUAGAUAAAAAGCAGUAUGAUUCUGCAAGCAAGAUCCUUGAUAAUUGUCUUACGCUGAGCUCCAGUAAAAGGAGUACCAUCCAAAGAUUAGUGUAUUAUUUCAUUGGCGCUCUGUAUGAGAAGAUCGAUAGGGAAACUGGAAGAAGUAAUGGAAUGUUUUUGGCGAAGAAACAGCCAUUCGAUGUGGAAAAAAGAUUGAUGAAUUUGAAUCCUACCAUCCUUGCAUUUCACGAAAAAUUUCCUCUCUCCCAGGUUACACAAUUCUCUGGGAUUCAAUCAAUAAUUGAGCAUGUAGCAAACUCCAGAAAGGUACAUAUUAUUGAUCUCGAGAUCCGAAAUGGGAUGCAAUUCGCUAUUUUAAUGCAAGCUCUUGCAGCUCGACCUAAAUGUCCACUCGAUCAUCUUAAGAUAACUGCUAUCGGAACAAACUCUCAGCCGUUGAUUGAGGAGACAGGCAGACAACUAAAAGAAUUUGCACAGUCUAUGAACUUGAACUUCUCUUUUAAAACAAUCAUGGUAGAAGAUAUCCUAGAUCUCAAUAAAAGUCUCUUUGAUCUUGAUGCUGAUGAAGCAAUUGCGGUCUAUGCAGCAUACGUUUUCAAGAAUAUGAUUGCACAGCCAGAUAGGCUAAAAUCUUUGUUGAAAUUGAUUAAAAAUAUGAAUCUCCGAGUGAUGGUUGUCAUUGAAUCUGAGGCAAAUGAUAAUUCUUCAUUUUUCGUGAAUCGUUUUGUGGAAGCUCUUUUUUUCUAUGGUGCAUUCUUUGAUAUCCUGGAAGAGUGCAUGAAGCAUGAUGAAUCAAGUAGAACCAUUUUUGAAUCGGGAAUUUUCGGUCCCAUCAUAAGGAACAUCGUAGUAGCUGAGGGAGAGGAAAGAAAGUAUCGACAUGUGAAUAUAGAUAUUUGGAGGGCAUGUUUUAGCCAGUUUGGGAUGGUGGAGAUACGGUUGAGCAUGUCUUCUAUUUAUCAAGCGAAUCUUCUCCUUAAGAACUUUGCUUGUGGAGGUUCUUGCUCGAUUGAUUUGGAUGGGAAAUGCCUAAUUUUUGGCUGGAAGGGAACACGAAUUAAUUCAAUAUCUGCGUGGAGAUUUCAAUGA